AUGGAGGACUUCAGCAUCGGCGGCAAAAGAGAGACGGGCACGGAAGAGCACGGUGAUGAGCCCCAGGCGAAAAGGCUGCGAACAGAGCCUUACCAAGCAGCGCCUGAGGUCACCGCUCUACUGGACCCGGGAGAGAGGUGGCUCCAACAGUAUACCUACCAGCCAAGCCCAUAUGAUCUGUCGUUCGCCUCGCAAUCUCUACAGCUACUGCAGCCUGGACAAGGCCCCUUACCAGUGCCAAAUCCUGGCCAGAUGUGGAAUGCGACCGAGUCUGGUGUCCGUGACGGAUCUCCAGUCAAUAGCUCCAACGUGUCUGCUAUCCUUGGACCAGGAGCUUCAACUCUGACGGUAACAGGAUCUACUGCCACGGAGAAUAUAUCUGCCGACAGCUUCAUCUCGCCCCAUAAAUUUGGAGGCUCCUACAUAUCGUCCUCGGUGGGAAGCGCAUGCCAGACUCCAGAAUUGAGCCCGAAGCAUCCCGAGCCCAGGAUUGAGGUGUCUUCCAGCAGCCAUGACACCAGAGCAGACAAAAGCCUCGCGAGCCAGGAGCAAUUUGAUACCUGUUUUGGCGUGAUCAUUGCAAAGCCUACAGGAACUUUCAAACCCGAUGAAGUGGGUUGCGGGAAGCCGCUGACUAUCAAACCUUCGGGGGAUAUCGUUAAACUCAGCUAUCAAGAUCCUCCCAGAUACGCGGGGCUGCUGAUUCUACCGUCCUUGUCUCGGCUUGAGCAGAGAUUCAAUAUCCGUCUCAGCGCCAGCAUUUCGACUGAGACCACUCUGGAUCAGAAGUCCACCAAAAAGCCCAAGAAACGCAACAAAGGAACAGCGAAGGCAGACGCGCAGGCCCAGGUGGAGGUGACCGUCCGCAUCUUGAUAUACGGCUUGUCCGAAGACAGUGUCGCCAUUGGGAACUUUCUUUCAGAUGCUGGCUUGUAUCUCCAGCAUCCUUACACAACGGAGUACAACAGGAACCUCGACUAUCACAACCCGCACUACCUCACGCGACCCGGUGGAGGAAUGCCGCCGAUGGAGGAUUUGAAUUUGGGCUCAGAUGGCCGCGCUGAACCUGAAAUUAACACCUUGGAUGAAAUUGCGAAGAGUAGGCUGUUGAGGAUUUUUGACGCCGCGAAUGGCGUCGAUAUCUCAGCGAGUGAUCUUGAAAUCUACGCAGGUGUAGGAGUCAGUCCUCGGCUGAAUUGCACCUUGCUCCCCCGUUUCAAACCAGCUGACCUGGAAUUCUUCUCUGGCUUUCGACAUAUCAUCGCUGGACAUGACGAGGAUAAUCUCCCUCCCCUAAACGGCGGAAUAUUAGCAGACGAUAUGGGCCUCGGAGAGUCAGACCUCCUUUCCGGCUGGUACAACUCGAGCAAGUUUGGUAGUCGCUCCAAUGUCAAGUAUGUGCAUCUCUCCCCCGUAGCAGGAGCGAACGAUGCUGAUCAUCAAAGCUAUCUCGGCGUGGCAAGAGCAGAUAAAGACGUAACGAAGCCCCCUAUUAUUCCGUUUAUGAGGCUUUAA